AUGCCAGACCAGAAAGAGAGUCGACCGGCAAAGCAACGGCGAACCCACGGAACGCCACUGCUCGAUCAAUCUAGUCCGAUCGAAGAUGACGAAGACUCUUCAAGUUCCUCGUCGUCCUCGUCUGUACGCCUACCAACGUCCCGACUUGCUCAUCGAUUAUUAAAACACACCAAUCCACCACCUACAGAGAGAUCUGCCGGCGACGGCCAAAGCGGAGACGAAGACGAGGAUGACGAGACGACAUCGUCUUCAGAUUCCGAGGAUUCCGACAGCGAAGAGUCGUCUGAGGAAGAGGAUCAGGACAGCGAGGACGAGGCCGAGGACGAAAAUGAGGGUGUCGAGGAUCAUCUCGAUGCCAGCGACUCAGGAGUGCCGCAAUUCACCACGUUACCUGCUCCAGCAUCGGACCUCAAGUCUCGUUUGCAGAGUUUCCUGCCACAACUACGGCAAGCAAAUGCGGAACUCGACAACGGUGGAGGAGUGGUUGACAGAAGAAUUGACCACGUAUCAGACGAGGAGGAGCAUUACAUCGAGAUGGAAGUGGGUCUCGGCGUGCUGUCUGAGGAGAAGAGCGAUGCCACCCAAAUACGGCUUCCUCGUUCACCUUCUGGUGAGAACGAACUAGACCAAGACGAGAUCAAAGAUGGACCAGAGGACUCACAAACCGGCGUGUCGCGAUUGUUGGGCACCAAUGGGACAAAAGGGACGAAGCGGAAAAUCGAAGAGCUAUGA